UUUGCUGAUCCCUGCCUACAGACAGAAACUAAAACAAGAAGCUCCCACGCUGAGGUCUGUCCAACGCUGGUCCGACCAAGCUGAUUCCACACUCCAAGACUGCUUCCAUCACGUGGACUGGGACAUGUUUCGCAUUGCGUCAGACAACAACAUUGACGAAUACGCUGAUUCGGUGUGCGAGUUCAUUAGAACGUGCGUUGAAGAUGUCAUUCCCAUAGCAAUGAUUAAAACAUUCCCUAACCAGAAACCGUGGAUUGAUGGCAGCAUUCGCGUGAAACUGAAAGCGCGAACCAUUGCUUUUAAUCAGGGCAAGGUGACUGGUAAUAUGACUGAAUACAAACAGUGCAGCUAUUCCCUCCGUAAGGCUAUCAAACAAGCUAAGCGUCAGUAUAGAGACAAAGGAGAAUCUCAAUUCAACGGCUCAGACACAAGAGGUAUGUGGCAGGGUCUACAGUCAAUCAUGGACUAUAAGAAUAAAUCCAGCUCAGUCACGGACCAGGAUGUCUUGCGCCCAGGCAGACUAAAUAACUUUUUUGCACACUUUGAGGACAAUACAGUGCCACUGACAUGGCCUACAAUGAAAACAUGCGGUCUCUCCUUCACUGCAGCCGAGAUCUCCAGGCUCAAAGCGUCAGUCCACCAGCUGAACAAUCAGUCAGACUGGUGAAUGGGACCACUUCCUGUUCUGGGACAGUGGAAGUCUUCUACAGAGGAGAGUGGUUCGGUCUAUGUCCUAGUUGGUGGAGCAUGAUGAGAGAGACUAAGAUUAUGUGUAGACAGCUGGACUGUGGGAAUCCUGUAUCUGAAUCUAGAAGACCUCUGAUUGAAUAUAGAAGAGGAGGAGUCAGACUAUAUAGUAGUUGCUAUGGAGAUGAGUCUUCAAUUAGACAGUGUGUCAUCAUAGGAGGACCUGGUGUCUGUGAUGGUGGAUAUUAUCAUCAUGUGAACUGUUCAGACUCUGUGCGGCUUGUGGAUGGAGCUGGUCUCUGCUCUGGGAGAGUGGAGGUGAAGUCCAAUCAGUCCUGGGCCUCAGUGUGUGAAGCUGACUUUGACCAGCAGGAUGCAGAGGUAGUCUGUGGGGAGCUUGGCUGUGGGGCUCCUGCAGCUCUACAGGGGGGGCUCUAUGGAGAAGGUGAGGGUCAGACCUGGGAUAAAGAGUUCCAGUGUAAAGGCAAAGAGUCCCUUCUCCUGGACUGUGACACCUCAGACAGAGAGAACAACACCUGCCUACCUGGUAAUGCUGUUGGACUCACCUGCUCAGAGCCUGAUGAUGUGAGGCUGGUGGGAGGAGGCAGUCGCUGUGCUGGUGGAGUGGAGUGGUACGACCAGGGAGAGUGGAGGACUGUGGGUUCAGUCUUGGACGUGAAGGCUGCAGCUGCAGUAGUGUGUAGACAGCUGGGUUGUGGCUCCACUGUUUCAGUACUACCUGAAAACACCACUAGAGGGUUUGGAGUUUCCUGUUCUGGGUCUGAGUCUUCACUGAGGGAAUGUUGGAGAACUUAUGAUCUCCGUCCUGGACUCACAGUGAUCUGCUCAGAUCUCCUGGUCCAGCCUGAUAUCUUCCUGACUGACCCAAUGGGAGGGGUCUCCAGGGGCCACCAGGGGCCCGAGAUGUUCAGGGGCUACAACUUCACCAUCACCUGCUCCACUCAGCCACAGUACCCAGGAGGCUCCUUCCUCCUCACGUUCACCGGCUCCAACAGAACCCAGACCCAGCCAGCUGUCAAUCACUCUGCUGCCUUCCUCUUCCCUGCUGCAGAUGACUCCCACCAAGGGAACUACAGAUGUGUUUAUGACAAUUAUGUUUUCUCUCAUAACUUCUCCUCUGAGAGUGAGCUCCUCUCCCUCACCAUCACAGGUAACUGA